AUGUCGACCAACCUGGGGAACUCGGACGAGCUGCUAAAAGAGUUGGACCUGGAAAACUACGUCACGUUCGUGAAGAGGUGUUUUAAAAAUGGAAUAAAAAAAGAGGAAGAGGAUAUCUGUGCCCAGGAUUUGAGGAACCUCGCCAAGUGUCUCCCUAGGGUCUCCGGCGUCUGGUACGAUCUGCACAAAAACAGUUGGGAAGCCAGGUGGGCUGAAGGAACAAAAUCAGCAAGGAAAUAUUACUCUGUGCAAAAAUUCGGAUUCCAUGAAGCCAGGAAACUAGCCAUUAAGACCAUUAAGACAAAGGAAAUUAAUUAUAUAUAUAACAGCAUAAAUGAAGAUUUUAACAAACCCCUCAAAUGGAACCUAAACAGUGAAUUCCUCGAAAUGAAUCACGACCCCAUAAUUAAUUUGAAGAGGAAAUAUAGAUCCCCCAGUGGUAAAGUCAAGGAGAAAAAAAUUAAAAAGGACCCGAACAAUGGGAAGGGUGUUAGUAGAAAAAAUAAAAGUGCCGUUCAAACAAGGGGGUUGAAAAGGGGACAACAUGCCCAUUACAUCUCUUCCCCCAUCUGCAACGCCGCGACCAAAAGUGGACCCUACAAAUCAGAGCAGCAGAAUGACAACUGGGGGGAGAGAAGAGAAGGGGGAAAAAUGCUAAACCAGCAACUCGUACUAAAUGGGUUACAUACACAUACCAUCACCAACGACGAUGGGGAGGAGCAAAGUGAAACUUCGUACAUGUUCGAUGGCUCUAGUUCCAAAUUGAGAUAUGACCAAGGAAUGGAAGAUUAUUCUAACCAUAAUAUUCUACAAGGUAGUCUCUGCUCCAUCACUUGUCUGAAGCAGAAGGAAACAUAUACAAAGACCGAAAUGGCGUUGUCUAGGGAGGGAAACAAAUCUACACAUCUUGUUCAUAACGAUGAGUGCAAUGGGACGUGCUUCAGUGAGGAAGACUCUUUGAGCAAGGAGCACCUAUACACUAUGAACGAAAAGGGGAAGAGUAGUUCCUCCAGUGUAGACAGCCUCAAUGGACACAUUAACGGGGCGGACAAUUAUCCUGUACCCCCCAUACCUACCUCCAGCGACAAUUAUAAAAUGGACCACAACAAUGAGAGUAAGCAAGGUGGGGAUAAAACACACAAGGUAGGGAAGAACAUACUUGGAAAAAAAAUCACCAACUGCAAUAAAGACAUGAACGGCAAGGACAAAACAAACAGUGUGAAGUUCCAAGGGAGCAAAAUACUGAGCUACAUGAGACAACAUAAAAAAACGAAAAACAAAAAUACCCUGUAUGUAAAACAAAGUGGACUCUUAAAAAUGAACUUAAAGCAAGCGCCCAAUAAGAUUUUGAGUGUGGGAGGGGAACAGGGCUCUGGGUGGAACCGAAAGAACUUUAAAAAAAAAAGUGUUGUAAAUGAAAAAAGGGAAUGCAUAAAAAAUGGGGGUGCCAUUUUUCUUAAAAAAAUUAAAAGUUGCAAUCACGCCGAGGGGAACAAGUGCAAGAAUUGCGACUUUAGCAAAAGGCAGCUAAGGGGCCUGUGCGAGAAGAACGACUCACUGUUCAUUUCGAGCGUGCUCCCCAACGGUGGAGAGACCUCCAAUGGGGAAGAAAGCUCCAACGGUGGAGAAACCUUCAAUGGGGAGGAAUCCCCCAACGUGGACUUCACGGACCAACUCGGCACGGGCAUGCCCUCCCCCACGCAUGGCGAGACGGACGCGCAGAACGACGACGAAGGGGGUGAUCACGCGAGUAAACACCUGGGUCCCCUAAAGAAAGACAAGAAAAAAGAACAAGUGCAAAAGGAAGACGCGCAAAACGAAUGCACCCCCAGUGGUGAAAAGGGCAAGGAGAUGAAGUGCUGCGUGGAAAUCAACUUAAAGGAAGUCAUUCACUCGGACACGCUAAACAUAUUCAAAAAUGCAAUUAAUUUACUGCUAAACGACUUGAAGUGCAAAUGUGUGCCCCACUUGGACAAGCAGUUUUUGAACAUCCUCGAGAUCAUCGACAAUCACAUCAGCUACGUAAACUCCAUGAUCAGUGAACACAUUUUAAUCACUUAUGUUCACUUAUUUGACAUUUGUGUGUCAAACAAUAUUUUGCCAAGCCAAAUGGACCAAAAUGUACAGAAGGUUUUUUGCAAUGCGCUCAUUGCAUUUCAUAUUCUCCUUUUUAAUUUCCUGAGGGAUAAGCGAGGCUAG